AAGGUGAUGAUGUACUUCUAACUUGCAUUGUUGUUGUAACAGCGGCUUGCUCGGUCACAUGGCGCUCUCCUUCUUGCUUUUACUGGUGCUACCGAUGGCGGCAAGCGGAUGGCAUCAUGUUGGAGUCCACCCAGGAAGCUUUCGCUACAAACGUCCAAGACCAGCGUGGGCUUCUUCGGUGAGACAGGGGGACAGCAGCGGCGAUCGGGCGUGGAUGUCCGCCAGCUCUGGGGAUGACUCUUCUUCCGGAUCGGGGUCCGGGCUGUCAGGCUCUGGCGGCAAGGAAUGGGUAGACGACGGCCGAGAUAGCCUUCCGUUCGUGGUGUACGACGCUGCGCCGCCUCCCAGAAAAGUGGGCGUCGCGAACCUGCCUCCCUUAACGGGCACCGGCGACACCUUGUGGCACGGGUCCAAGCACUACAAGGUUCUGCGCGUCAGCAGCCACUACAAGUACGAGGGCGGUCGCUUCGUAGUGCGACGAAAGUCCAUUCAGGCCAAGGAGUUGAAACGAGUGGCAAAGGAACGGGUCGUCUCACGGCUUGUGUACGGCGACAGCGGAAAGGCGCCACCUCCACCUUCUUGAUGCCGGGUCGAACGGGUAGUUUGUUUGGUUCGCAAGGUGGCGCGGU